UCAGCGAGAAACGGGUAGUACUCACUGUGUUUCCAAAUUAGGAUUAAAUCAUUUCACGACGACAGUUCUUCCGAGGAAAUAGGGUGGUGAAUUAAAAUGGUUGUGUCCAAGAAAAGCCCUGUUAUGAGAAAGCCGAUUCGCCCCAUUGAACGCCAAAAAAUGAGGCCAUGGUUGAUGAAUUUGUUGCUCCACGAAAACGUGACUGGUCUAUCUUGGUUGUCCAAGAGAGAAAGGACUUUCCGGAUAUCUUGGAGACAUGCUGCUCGACAGGGCUGGAACCCCGAUAAGGACGCCGAUCUGUUCGAGAAAUGGGCCAGACAUACAGGUAAGCACAUGGACAACGACGUCCCCGAUCCAAAAAGAUGGAAAGCCAACUUCCGGUGUGCAUUGAACAGCCUUCCUGAUGUUACCGAGGUCAAGGAUCAGGGCGUUCGUAAAGGCCAAAACGCCUUCAAAGUAUACCGCUUUCUAGAGGAGAAAAAAUCUAAAUUUAUAAAACCGAUUGAGGAAAUUGAGGUGACAACAAAGUCCCCUGUCCGACAGUCUUCUAGACCACAACGCACACGUAUCCCCAACAGGAGGUACACCUUCUCCGACAGUGACAGUGAUGCGGACAGUGUGGACUUUCUCGAUGAUGCCUCCUCCUGCGGGAUUGCCUCGCCUAUUUCUGUAAGAUCUGAUGGUGGUGACGAAACUACAUGUUCAUCAUCCGAUGCCGAGUCACUUCCGGAAGCCAGACUGGAAUCGGAACAUCGCGACUUCCCCAACUUUGACAAAAUUUGCCCAGACUACCACAUAGAAAUUGACCCACUAAAAGUCAGACUCGAGACACAACAAUCAACAGAUGAUUCUGCAUCAACCACAAGCAGCACACUAACAGACGAAGAAGUGGUACAGAUGCUGUUACUUGAAGAUGUCAUUAAGCCUGAGGAGAUAGCAUGCAACGAAAAUCUGUGGACGACUGGAAUCGUUCCUGACAUUGCCAUGGAACAAGACGUAGAAACUACAUACACCAUCCUCCAAAACUCCAGCCCAUCGCUUAUGGAGUUCCAGGUUGUGUGCGAGACCGACGCUGUGAGAACAGAACAGAUUCCAAUUGGGAUACAACAGGAAACCGUGUACACGAGCAUAAUGAACUUAUAAUCAACAUUGCUUUUCCUCAUUGCUCCCGUCCCAAAACUGACCUGGUAACUUCAUUGGUUGUGCCGAGUACAAGGUGAAACAUUGGUCUAGUAGCCCUUCAUUUGUGAUAUGGCAAGUCAAUUAAAACGGCACUUACUUCCGAUUAAUGUGCUGAAACAUUAACAGAUAGUCAUCUCUUACUUCUGGUUUAGAUGAUGAAACAGUAAGGAUCGAUCACCAUACUUUCGUUUUAAGUGCUAAACCGAUAAUCAUAAAUCACGUGACUUUCCGUAAAAGUGCAUUACCGGUAAACCACAAGUACCUUUUUUAUGGGUACAGUGCUACAUCAGUUACCUGGAAAUUCUGGACUAAGUGGAAGUGUGGAUUAUGAAUUCCAUCUCUGAUGCUGUUACCGGUGCAAUAACAUAAGUAAAACAUGUGUCAUUUAAUUUUUUAGUAGCACUGGUGUUUUAUUUUCUAGUUGGAAGAUUGCAUCUACAUCUACUUAAAAAAGUCAGAAUUUCAAUCAAAUGUGUGAGAAAUCUGACCAUGAUGAUAUGGACAAACUAGUCAUUAUAUAAAUAUUCAGUGUUUGUCCGAUGUAGCCAAUAUUUACAGUACCAAUUUACAGGGACCUGUGCAUUGUUUAUUUGUUGUAUAUAUGGUUAUUGAUAUUGUGAUUAACUGCAAAAUAAACAACAAAACAUG